CCGAGGACCCCAGACAGUUCCUCAGCCCCGCGCCCGUGGACUGCUCAGCUCACCCUCGAGUGGCACAGGAAUCCCAGGCCUCUCAAGCUCACCAGCACCCUUCAGACACGUAGGGAGCUCGAUGACAGCGACAUGCACAGCUUGUUCAAGGGACGCGGGUGGAGACACGCCGGCCAGGACAGCUGCUGAGGCCCCCUGCAACACACGCCAAGCCCUGCUGCCCAGCACAUGUGCAAUUGAACUGCUUGCACUGGCGCACGCGUGUGAAGAUCUCACGGUCCUCCACUCAUUCAUUCACUCAUUCAACAAGCACUCCGUUGAGCUCCCGCUGUGCGCCAGGCACAACGGACGCCUGUGGAUUCAACGCGGAGGGAGGCCAACAGAAGCCUCUGCCUGUAGCGGGACAGCUCUUUGCAGAACACCUUGCUCCUUACGGGACGAAUCUGCCAGCCUGUGUGACGUGCUCUCACGAAGCUCUCAUUCUAGAAGAGGAGUGACCGUGGCUUACGGGAUGGACUCUAGGGUCUCUGAGCCCCAGAAGCAGGACCUGACAGAGGCAGGGGCAGAGCAGGAACUGCGGUGGUUGGAGCUGGGCUCCGAGGAGGCCCCAGGAGCUGGGACAGAGGGGCCCAGCGCCCCACAGGCCUGGGGGCGCCUGCUGCAGGCCGUGUGGAAGGGUCACGUGGGCCUGGUGACUCAGCUGCUGCGGCAAGGGGCCAGUGUGGAGGAGAGGGACCGCGCGGGCAGGACCCCGCUGCAUCUGGCCGUGCUGCGCGGCCACGUGCUGCUGGUGCGUCUCCUGCUGCAGCGCGGGGGCCGGACCGUAGCCGCAGACCGCGCGGGGCGCACGCCGCUGCACGAGGCCGCCUGGCACGGGCCCUCGCGGGUGGCCGAGCUGCUCCUACGGCGCGGGGCGUCGGCGAACGCGUGCUGCGAGGCCGGCCUCACGCCGCUGCACUGGGCCGCCGCGCUGGGCCGCACGCUGCUGGCCAGGCGCCUGCUGGACGCACCGGGCCCGGGCUCCGCGGCGGCGGACGUGCGCGGUUGGACGGCGGCGCACUGGGCGGCCGCGGGCGGCCGGUUGCCGGUGCUCGAGCUGCUGGCGGCGGGCGGUGGCGCGGGCCUGGACGGCGCCCUGCUCGUGGCGGCCGCGGCCGGGCAGUCGGCAGCGCUGCGCCUCCUCCUGACGCACGGGGCGCGGGUGGACACCCGGGACGGCGUGGGGGCCACGGCGCUGGGUGUCGCGGCCGACCUGGGCCGCCGGCAGGGCUGCUGCUGGUGGACAUCUGCUCGCCGUCCAACUGCUGGCCGCCUGGGGAGCGGAGGUGGACGCUCGGGACACAUUGGGCCUCACCCCCCUGCACCACGCUGCCCGGGGAGGCCACAUGGAGGUCGCCGGCCACCUCCUGGCCAGGGGUGCGAAGGUCGACGCUGCUGGCUGGCUCCACAUGACCCCCCUGCAUCUUGCCGUGGAGCGCGGCCACGGCUCCACCGCAGAGCUUUUGCUGAGCCAAGGGGCCAGCCCCACCCGGGGGACGCAGUGGGGGGAGGUGGCCCAGGACCUGGGGCCUGCCGUCUGUGGAGAGCAGGAGGAGUCCUAGGGGCACAGGGCCCCAGGGCUGCAGGGCCAGAGCAGGACCAAAGGCUCCAGGCUCCCACGGCCUUCAGGGCACGCAGGCUCCUCUCCGCUGGUCUGAGGCCACCUGCCAGGGUGCACGGGAGAACACCCCAGAGGUCCCUGGAGGAGGAGGAAGCAGUGGCUGGAGACCCAGCAAGAAGCGUGGGGCUGACCUGGAACCAUUCCAGACUCCCAGGGCCACGUCAGCCCUGCAGCUCCAGCCCUGUGCACGCUCUUUGGAGGAGAGACUGAGUCGUGGCCACAGAACUGACCAAAACCCGAUGGGCUCCCGUUUGUCCGUCCCCCAUUGGGGUGUCAGCCUCGGUGCUCCCCCCGGGCACACUGGCACUCUUACUGUGUUUCCUUAGAUUCAGUAUUUGUCUCUUGGCACCCACUCACUAAUGACAGGGCCAAACGAACGGCCAGUUGUCCUCCUCUCCCCUGCCUUCCCUACCCACGCCCUGAACGGCUGCCUUCUCUCACAUGCCCAGCUGACAUCCCUCUGCCUGAAGUCAUCCAGGACCAGGCCUGCCUCUGUGCACCAAGGCCCACUGGAUUAUCAAACAAACCAAUCAGAAACUGUUUCCCUGCCCUGCCCUGCCUUUUCCGCAGGAACCCCAAUAAAGGCCUGAGCCUUCCCCGGGCCCCUGCUCUUGCCUCCCGAUCGACACUGCUGCUUCCGCCUGUGUCCCUGUGGGGCGUGGCGUGCCCUCCCCUCAGGAAAUGUAAGGCAUAAAAAUCUGCUUUCAGGGGCUUCCCUGGUGGCGCAGUGGUUAGGAAUCCGCCUGCCAAUGCAGGGGACACA